AUGGCCCGGCUGACGGAGGGCGAGGCGCGCAGGCGGCAGCCCCAGCUCCUGCAGCCGCGGCCCUCGCCCGUGGGCGGCAGCGCGCCCGAGGGCCCCGGCGGGCGGCCCGACGGCAUGAAGGACCUGGACGCCAUCAAGCUGUUCGUGGGCCAGAUCCCGCGCAACCUGGAUGAGAAGGACCUCAAGCCGCUGUUCGAGCAGUUCGGCCGCAUCUACGAGCUCACGGUGCUCAAGGACCCCUACACGGGCAUGCACAAAGGCUGUGCCUUCCUCACCUACUGUGCCAGGGAUUCCGCCAUCAAAGCUCAGACUGCCCUGCACGAGCAGAAGACCUUGCCCGGGAUGGCGCGGCCAAUCCAGGUGAAGCCUGCGGACAGCGAAAGCCGCGGAGGUAGGGACCGUAAGCUGUUCGUGGGGAUGCUGAACAAGCAGCAGUCGGAGGAGGACGUGCUGCGGCUGUUCCAGCCCUUCGGAGUCAUCGACGAGUGCACCGUGCUCCGGGGACCCGAUGGCAGCAGCAAAGGCUGUGCCUUCGUGAAGUUCUCAUCCCACACGGAGGCGCAGGCGGCCAUCCAUGCGCUGCACGGCAGCCAGACCAUGCCGGGAGCCUCCUCCAGCCUGGUGGUCAAGUUUGCUGACACGGACAAGGAGCGGACGCUCCGGCGCAUGCAGCAGAUGGUGGGCCAGCUGGGCAUCCUGACGCCGUCCCUCACGCUGCCCUUCAGCCCCUACAGUGCCUACGCCCAGGCUCUCAUGCAACAGCAGACAACAGUCCUGUCCACCUCGGGCAGCUACCUGAGCCCUGGCGUGGCCUUCUCACCCUGCCACAUCCAACAGAUCGGCGCCGUCAGCCUAAAUGGGCUGCCUGCCGCACCCAUCGCUCCUGCCUCUGGGCUGCACUCACCCCCGCUGCUGGGCACUGCCGCCGUGCCCGGCCUCGUGGCUCCCAUCACCAAUGGCUUUGCAGGGGUCGUGCCCUUCCCUGGCGGACACCCUGCUUUGGAAACCGUAUAUGCCAACGGCCUUGUGCCCUACCCAGCUCAGAGCCCCACUGUGGCUGAGACACUCCAUCCUGCCUUCUCCGGAGUCCAGCAGUACACAGCCAUGUACCCCACUGCGGCCAUCACGCCCAUCGCGCACAGCGUCCCCCAGCCGCCGCCCCUCCUCCAGCAGCAGCAGCGAGAAGGUCCCGAAGGCUGUAACCUGUUUAUCUACCACCUCCCCCAGGAGUUUGGAGACACGGAGCUGACGCAGAUGUUCCUGCCCUUCGGCAAUAUCAUCUCCUCCAAGGUGUUUAUGGAUCGAGCUACCAACCAGAGCAAGUGUUUCGGCUUCGUGAGCUUUGACAACCCGGCCAGCGCCCAGACAGCCAUCCAGGCCAUGAACGGCUUCCAGAUCGGCAUGAAGAGGCUCAAAGUGCAGCUCAAGCGGCCCAAGGAUCCGGGACACCCCUACUAACCGUGCCCACAGCCACCCCGAAGCUGUGGGCUUGGCCCAGGUGAGGGACCUUCCCAUCCCAGGAGGGUCUCCCGCUUCCAACCGAUCCAGGACUUUUCCAUAAAUUACAACCGUGCUUUGGACACCAGCCCUCCCCUCCCUCCUACCCUUGUGCCACCCGCCCUUCCAAAAUGUGAAAUGCCACCCACCCCAAAGGCCACCGCGAGGAGGGAGGGGGCUCCUGAGUUGGGGGCAGAGGGGCUCACACCCCACCCCAUGUGCUCUUUUGGGACAUCUCGUUCCUGCCCGCCCCCAAUGCGGUGGCUUCCCCAAACUGAAUGGCAACUUUUCCUAUAUAUAUAUGCGUAUAUAUAUAGAGCUAGAGACAGUAUAUAUAUUUUUUGAGUAUGGAAAUCAUGGGACCAAACUUUGCCAACUUCCUCCCAUCCGAGAGAGGGUGACCCUGGGCUGGUCGCUGGGCAGGGACGUAGGAAGGGCUGAGGCUGGUACCCGCCGACCUCCCCGCUGGUACAUCAGACCAGGAAUUCGCCAACACGAUAUACCUCCAGGACUCUGGGCCCCCCACCACCACCGAUUCCUGAGGGGCUUUGGGCUCAGCCGGUUUGAGUGUCCCUGGUCCCAGCUGCAGCUUCUGGAAACCACUCCCUUGUCCCCAGGGCUUCCCUGGAUGUAGGCACAAAAGAGACCCUCUGGCUUCCCCAAGCCCUCUCUGUUCCCCACCCCUCCUCAGUCAUAGCCUUACUCAUGUGACCAAUAGCCCUUAGCUUUCCGUCAGGGGCAGACAGGGUCGGGGGGAGCCCCCCACCUCUCUGCGCCCCCUCCCAAGGGCAGGCAGCCAUCGUCCCUGCCUUCAAAUCACCAGCCUCGAAUUUAAGGUCUUGUGACCAAGAUUGCCAAGCCGUUGGACAAGCCUGACCUGGACUGGCCGAGCACCCCUUUAUCGGAGACAGGAACUCGAUAGCGACCUUCAUACCUCUGCAGAGAUUGUUUUUUCUUUUGGUCUUUCUGAGCAGGUACAAAGAAGAAAAGAGAAGAAAAAAAAUAGGGGAAAAAAAAAUCAAACCACAGUGGAUUGUUGUUUCCUAGUCGGGAGUGGGUGGGGGGGGGGGGAUUUUUGUGGGGUGCCUCUGUAAAGUGACCCAAUCCACGACGCACCCACGUCGAAGCACAGAGUCGGAUUCGUGCAGAUGUCCGGUGGGGCCUCCUGCCCAGGGAGGCCCUGGAUAACUUAAUAAGCUCAAAAAAAAAAAAAAAAAAAAAAGUCUUUUAAAAAGAAAAAAAAAAAAAGCCUUCCCUUUUGUUUCUACCAAAAUGUGUUGACUGACCCAGAAAAACUAAAAAACAAAGAAAAAAGGAAAAAAAGAAAAACACAGCAAAAAACCCCCCAAAAAACCAAAAACAAAAAAAAAAAAAAAAGGAAAAGGAAAAAAAAAAUCUUCCGACCAAUUGUUUUGAGAUUCCAGAGUUUGAUAAUUGUUCCAAGACACUUCGAUCGCGUGCCUGUGUCCCUUGCGUCUACGUGUGCAAGUGUGUGCCAAGGGCCCUCGCGAGGGUCGCCCCCGUGUCCCCGAGGGCCCGCGUGGGAGUGCGUGGCCGUGUGCAGUUGCGCGUGUGCCCGUGGUCCAUGUUUACCGGCUGUAAAUACCAUUUUUAUACUUCACCUCGAAGACCUGCGUGAUUUGUAUGAUGUACUUUAUUUCUGCUACGAGUAAUUUCUUGAAGUUUCCACUUGCAAACUGACUUUUCGGAUAACCCCCCCCCCCCACGCACACACACACACACACACACACACACACACACA